GAAGCUCUCGUUUUUCGUUUUGGUCCUUGCUGAUUGCUGGAAGCACUCAAUUUUCUCCGGAAAUUUCCCGAUUCUAAACCCUCGCAAAAUGCGGCUAUCACUGCUCCGGGCUGCCCGUUUGAACCCCGCCGUAAAGGAACUGCGUCUGCACCUGUGCCAGACCGGCGAGGAAUCCAAGGGAGUGCGGGAUUUCGUUAGCAGCGGAUAUGCCCAGCUCAAGCGUGAGAACCCCAAGCUGCCGAUUCUGGUUCGCGAAUGCAGCGGUGUCCAACCGAGGCUGUGGGUGCGCUACGAAAUGGGCAAGGAGAAAUCGGUUACCCUGACCAACGCGGGUGCUGCCGAUGUGGCCAAGCACAUUGCCGAACUGGGAAAGUGAGCCUCAUACUCUGGAUGGGAGUUCGUAAAUUUUACUAGGUUUGUUCGAUAAGUGGGUGAAUAAAUUGGAAAAUGUUAUAAUUAUUG